UAUUCCGGCUUUCACUUGAAGGAAAACUAGAACGAUCUAGAGGUGGUUCGAACCUCGCAACACAACCACGGCAGAAUUACGGAAUUAUAGCUGACGGCUCUCGGAGCAACUCUUUCCUUAUGCCGAGCUCACUUCUUGUCGAAAUGGACCGCUCCACAAACGGGCAAAUAGACGCAGAUCAGAGAGCUCUGCAAAUCGCCCUCGAGCUCUCCAUGCUCGGUCUGACGAAUGACGACGAUCAAACUUCGAACGCGUUUGACGAUAUUCGCAAUAAGAAAAGUAUGAACAUGACGGAGUGCGUUCCUGUACCCAGUUCUGAGCAUGUAGCCGAAAUAGUUGGAAGGCAGGGUUGCAAAAUCAAGGCUUUGCGAGCGAAGACGAACACUUACAUCAAAACACCUGUGCGUGGUGAGGAUCCUGUUUUCGUAGUAACGGGGAGAAAAGAGGAUGUAGCUCUUGCAAAACGAGAAAUCAUUUCGGCUGCAGAACACUUCUCUCAAAUUCGAGCUCAACGAAAAAAUAACAGCCUGAAUUCACUUGCACCUGGGCCACCAAGCCCUACAACUCCAGGACAAACUACUAUCCACGUUCGCGUACCUUAUAGAGUUGUUGGUCUUGUUGUGGGCCCAAAAGGAGCCACAAUUAAGCGAAUCCAGCAGCAAACGAACACCUACAUCGUUACGCCAUCCAGGGACAAGGAACCAGUGUUUGAAGUCACUGGCAUGCCUGACAACGUCGAAAGUGCGCGAAAAGAAAUCGACAACCAUAUUACUAUGCGUACCGGUGGUAGAAUGGAUACAACCGACGAUGUUUUCAUCGGUGAUGGAUUGCAAGGCUCAUUUAACGACUUUGCUCCAAGCUCUAUAUAUUCCAGUGUGUCGUCGAGCUUCUCUGCAUUUAGAGAAAGCAGCAGCUCGCUGGGAUUACCUCAACGUACAAGCUCAGAUUCAUUCUAUGGCUACCCCAGCAGCAAGAGUUCCAGUAUUAACGAUGGCGGCUUUAAUCCGAUCAACAGUCCAUUUUCUGCGAACGGUUUCUUUUUCAACGAUCUGCCCUCGCCGACAGAUCGCGAAGUUGGAUCAGAAGGGAGCUCCACCGGCUCAGGAUUUGAUCCUGCACCCGCACCACCAUCGCCGUCUAUUUGGGGGAACGUGCCGUCUACUCGAUCCAUGAACGAGCAAGCACCGUUUACUCGUAGUUCCAGUUUAAAUAGCCAAGCUUUAAACUCGGCGAUCGGCCGACCUGCAAGUCCACAUAGUGCUGCGAGACGGAUGAAGAGCGAUCCACUGACGGGAAACUUUUCUCCACUGUCGGCGUUCACUCCUUUUACCACCCAAGUUACUGCAUCCAGUGUAUCAUCGAUUCCAGCCACUAGCUCUAAUGGAACGAUCAGCACAAGUGAAACAAACGUGGUAAGUACGAUUGGUUUUAGCGCUACCGAAGAAGCAAAUAACAACAACACAAGUCCGCUCAAUAAAGAUAUGAAAAAGAAAGAUUGCGUCAUUUGUUGUGAGAGUGAAGUUGUGGCGGCGCUCGUUCCUUGUGGCCAUAACUUAUUUUGCAUGGAGUGCGCAAACCGCAUCAAAGAUGAGAAUAAUUCGUGUCCUGUUUGCCAAAAGAAUAUCGACCAAGUCCUUCGUAUAUUUUCGUAGGAACUGAACUCGUAUGAGCCGCAAUAUGAUCAUACUUUACGACGAAGUUCAGUGAAUUUAAACAACGAAUUGAAAUGUCAUGUAAUGCUAUAAACAUUUUGAAGUAAUCUAUGGAGUGUAUUUGAAUUAAUUCAGAGAGAAUUUGUCUCUAUGUAUAUUUAGUUGAAAUUUUUUCAAGAAUGCUUUUAUUCUAUACUUUUGUUAAGUGAUAACGUUAUGUAAAGCUAGAUUUUUUGCUAAUUUAAGAUUAGUACAAAUAAGAAAGACUAAGUUAUGUAAAGAUACCACAUUGCUGGGUUAAAAUUAUCUAAAGAAAUAAAAACACGCUUGGUCGUGUUUGGAGCCAACUCACUUUGAAUCUUAUAUCAAAAAUUAGUUUCUAAGUUUAUAAUCCGUCAGAACAAAAUUAUCGGAAAUCAGUAAAUGAAAGUACAUGCUAUAUAUGAAACAUUAAAACGGGUUAGAUUCCUCUACCCAGCACAAACGCAUAGGUAUAUUUAUGUGAACUAUUUUAUGUCAUAUCGAUAACUUUUUUGAUACAGCCUUCUAAGGAAUUCUAUGCUCUAAAAUUAUAUGAUAUUUGUAUAAAUAGUCAUAAUUUCUAUAUAAUAUUGUGUUGCACCAUAGUUCUAUUUACUAUUUUAAUAUUGCUAAGAGAAGUCGACCAAGAUUAUAGUUCUUCUGUAUAUUUAGCUGCAAAUGCUCACAGAAAAUCUUGGUUAAGAAUUGAGAGUUUAAAGUAUUUUUAUUUUAUGGCACUCUACAUAAUACUAUAUGGAAUUAUACAGAGAAUAAAGUGUAAAUUUUAUUUUUUGCUAUUAAAAUUGAGUCUAUAAUCCGUUUUCUUGGAUAAAGUGAGCUCAUAGAAGUCCACAAAAUUGAGAGAUGUGGCAGUAAGUGUGAUUGGGAAGCCUUACAAUCAAUGGAUAUUUUUUAUCGUCUACGUCAUUUGCUGGUAGGCUCCUGAAAGAGAUUUUUGCAUCGUCACGUAGUUGUAUUAGAAUUGUUUUAAUAAAAAUGGAAUGAGAAGUUUUAGUAGA